AUGGUCCGCCUCACCAUUGCUGCUCUCCUCACCUUCGCCCUCGCCGCCACAGCCCAAAUCACCCCCAACAACGCGGGCGCCAAGAACGUCGGGGCAGGAAACGGCCAGCAGUUCAUCACGGGCGGGUGUGUCAACAACGCUGACUGCAGCUCCGGCUGCUGUGCCGACGCGAGCGGCGUGGGUGUCUGCUCGGCCGAGGCUGCUCAGUUCCAGAACGGCAAGAACGGCUGCGGCUUUGCGGACCCCAAUGCCGCCGCGACCAUUGCUGCCGCAAAGGCCCAGGUUGAGAAGCAGGGUUUUUAA